UUGCACCCCCCUACUUUUUCAUCCAAACAACAAUUUACCCCUCCACUAACACCCCCCAGCAAUUUGUACCCCCCAACAAUUUACCCCUCAACUUGCACCCCCCUGCAAUUUGCACCCCCCUUGUUGCCAAACAGAGUGGUAUACAAAUACAACACAAGUCUAGAAGAACCAGAAUGCUCACAUAACAAGCUAGCAAACAAGAAACAAAACAACACACGAUGAAUUCACAAAUUGAAACACAAAAUCAUUCUUCGCACGCCAACUGCCUACUGUUACGUGGCUGUUGCAUGCUGCUGAUGAUUUUCUGCAUUACCAGUUGUACUGCUGCAGCCAGCUAUGGCAGAAGCCCGAAACCAGCAGCCGACCUAUUCCCCUGCUCCUUACUUUUUCCUACGUACAAACUGAUCAUCAGCUUUGUCGUCACGUGGUGCUCUGCCCUUUUGCCCUCUACCACUCUCGAGUCCCCUGUUUUUUCCUGCUGUUACUCUGCCUCUAGCCGGUCCCCUGCUUCUUCCUUCUUUUUUCCACCAUUAUCAGCAACAAAUAAUUCAAAAAGCUGUUACAACAAAACACGCCACAUAAUAGAGACCCCUUUUUUCACCCCUCAGAUCGUUUUCAAAAAGCUUGCUCCAGUGCCAUCAUUUUUACAUGGUCCGGCGAGGGUACCGAUGACACAAUGUCUACGUCGGAAAGAACAUCCGGCGAAGAACGAGGCGAUUUGCAUCAGCGUUCAUUCAUAUCACAGAAACGGUAAACCGUGUGGAGUAUCCAACUCAGAUCUCGCAAGGGAGAAGAGGGGGGGAGGAGACCUUUUUCACGAGGCUGGAGAAUCUUUUGUCUUUUCCGGCCCUCAAAUCGCUCUUCAACUUCCAUCAUCAACCGUCGUCACUUACAUUUAUACGGCAAUGUGUAUAUCGACGGUCAAGAUUCUCAUGCUCUGCCCAUUCCCAUUUGCAGAUACUUAAUUAAGUAUAUAUGUGAAUUUGUGAUAUGCCUUCUUCACCAGCAUUAUGACCAGCCAGCACCAAUUGAAAAUUGAAAUAGAAGGGUGGAUUGGAUGUCUUGUCUUGCAAAAGUUGGAGAGUAAUUUUCUUAGGGGAAUAUCUAUGAGAAAAAAAAAAAAAGAGUUAAGCGGGAUAGUAAUUCGAUUAUUGUUGUAAUGCAUAUUGGUGUUAGUAAGUACCAAUGUUGAUCGAGAUCAUAGGAUUAUAUGUAAGGUGAUUUGCGAUCGUGGAUGUGUACUAUGAAAAAAUUAUAUCUAAAGAACAUUGGGAUUUGAACACACAUACUUUUUUCGUUGUUGAAACAAUUAAAUUGUACUUUCAAAAUAGUUCAAACAAUUUUCAUAUUGAACUUUGAUAAAUUAUAAAACUAUGUUAUUCUUUCUAAUUCUUCCCACAAUAUUAACAACUAUAAUCUUCAUCAAAUCUCCCCGUGGUGUAUUUUAACACUUUUUGUUGUAUUAACAACUUGACACAAAUAUGUGAUGACGUAGUGCGAUAAAAAGAAAAUGAAAUGUGAACGUACAAAUAUAAACACAACUGAUCUGAGUAGUUAAAAAAAUUGCCAUAAAUUCAAAAUUUCAAAUAUAAUUUGAUCAUGAAAAACCUUAGAUUUUCCCAAAAUACUUGAUUUUCAGGUCCAAACCAUUAAAACUUACGAGUUCCCAAACUAAUUCGUCGACCGAGGAACAUGUAAUUAUAUAAGGAUUGGGAGAAUUCAAAUGCAGGAAGACUGACUACUCGCUUUUUAGUUUUCAUACUAAUCAUCGUAGUUUUUAACCUUAAUACCAGCAGUUUAAUUAAUGCGCACUGAAAAA